GAACGGGAGAAAGAAAGUGACGCACAGUGACGCAACACGCCAACACCUAUGGAGAAAUGGGGCCAUUCCCUGCGACCCAACGCAACGAAUCUCCUAUGAAAGUGCCAUGCAUCCGCCGCGCACUUCCACACGGCCACGGUGCUCCCUCCUUCCUCCCUAAGCAACCCCACUCUCCGCCCGAUGCCACCCAGGAGCCACCUACCUCUGCAACCCACCACCCAUCACUAGAAGAAGAAGAAGAAGAAGAAAGAAGAAGACCCAGAUUGCUCUUUGCCCUCCUCUUCAUCACUAUCAGAGAGAGAGAGAGGGACGGGGAAGCUAUGGCAGCUGUGUCUCCCUAUGCGCCGUCGAAGACACUGCAAUCAGCUGUCUCCAAACCGCAGGACCCGAUAAGCCACGCCGCCGGAAACGGCGGCCACCGGCGGAAUCUCCCGCCCAUCACCGUACUUCUGGGUCAGACCGCGCUCCGCCUUCUCUGCCACGUGGCCGCCAUAGGUGGUGUGAUCGGCCGCUCCGGGGCCAUCGUCAAGCAGCUGGAGCGCGAGUCGGGCGCGAGAAUUCGCGUCGACGACACCGUGCCCGAGUGCGCGGAGCGGGUCAUCACUGUGGUCGGGUCUGCGCUCUGCGACCGGAAGGUCACUCUGAGAGCCGCAGGCGAGGCAGAUGAGGAGGAGUGCGAGGUGUCGCAGGCGCAGGAUGCUCUGCUCUGCGUUUACGAUAGGGUUUUGGAGGUGGAGGCGCGCAUGGAGGGCGGCUGCAGCGGCGUAACUUGCUGUAGGUUGUUGGCGCAAAACGGACAGAUUGGGGCAGUAAUGGGGAAAGGAGGGAAGACUAUCGAGAAAAUGAGGAAUGAUACUGGCGCAAAAAUUAGGAUCUUGCCUGCAGAGCAGGUUCCCGCAUGCGCCACUACCGGCGACGAAUUGAUUCAGAUUAUGGGGGCCAUUUUGGCAGUUAAGAAAGCACUAGUUACUGUUUCUCGCUGUCUUCAGGAAUGUCCACCAUUAGAUAAAGCCCCAAAACAUGUAGGCAGACCUGUUGAGGUAGCUUCCUAUGGGGACUUUCCUGAUCCUCAUGUGGAGUUUCAACCACAAAAUAACUCCUCAUUACCAUCUUUGCCUGGUAAUUCCGUGGAUUAUACUUCUGGCAGACAUCCAUUGUCGACAGAUUUUGACAGAAUCACCAACCUGGAUGCCAAAAGUGGGCAACAUGAAGUUAAGUUCAAACUUCUCUGUCCUAAUGGUGCAGUUGGAGGUGUUAUUGGCAAGGGAGGGGCCAUUGUCAAGGCUCUACAGAAGGAAACGGGAGCUUCUAUAAAUGUUGCUGCUCCGUUUGUUAUGUCAAGUGAGCGUGUUGUCACUAUUUCUGCACUGGAGAACUCAGAAUCAUUCUACUCUGCUGCACAAAAUGCCGUUGCUCGAGUUUUCAUGAGAGCUAUAGAGGCUAGCAUUGAAAAUGGGCUUAUUUCUGCAUUGAAUAAGGGGGUAACUGUAACUGUAAAGCUUCUAGUUGCAUCAAACCAAAUCAAUUGCUUGAUUGGUGAAGGAGGUGUGGUGGUUUCAGAAAUUAGAGAAGCUACUGGUGCUGAAGUACUGAUAUUGGGAGGGGACCCAGUCCCAAAUUGUGCUUCAGAGAAUGAAGAAGUGGUUCAGAUUACUGGGGAGUACGAGAAUGUACAAAGUGCUCUGUUUCAAAUCACUGGUAGAUUAAGGGAUAAUAUUUUUCCGGGUAAGUUGCUCAAUGGAACAGGACCUAGGAGCUGUUCUGCGAUUCCUGAUGUCUCUUCAUAUGAAAGAGCUUGGGAAACAACCUCUACUGGAUUUUCUCAAUCUUUAGACCUUUCUUAUUCUGAUCAAGAGACUGCGUUAGCUCGGAGAAUGAAUCAUCUUGCAAUCAAGCAGAAAAUGGGUGGUCCUCCUACUAUUUCAUCAAAGUUGCAGCCGUCACAGACAAUGGGAAGAGGGAACACAACAGCCUUGACAGAUGAUGGAGGAGCCUUUAAAACUUUCAGAGGUGGUCUAGAAGUUGAGAGUGAAACAAAAUUUGCUGCUGUAACAAAUACAACUGUGGAGAUUUUAGUUUCUGCUCAUGUUUUUGGGUGUGUGUAUGGUGAGGAUGGUAGCAAUCUGACUCGUCUGAGACAGAUUUCGUGUGCGAAAGUUGAAGUGAGUGAUCCUUGUCCUGGUGAAGGCAAUGGGAAGGUCAUCAUAUCUGGAACACCUGACCAAACACGCGCAGCACAGAGCCUGCUUCAAGCUUUCAUCCUAGCUGGGUAGUAAUUUUUGGAUCACUGGCCUUUGUUCUUAUUACUGUCAACAGGUAUGAUGACAGUGAUGGCCAUCGCUUUUCUCUAUUUGUUCAUGGGAGGAAAAUAAUCUUAAUGCAUUCCUCAAAACUAUUUAUUAGGUUCCACAUCGAGGGGUGUACUCAAGUGAUUAGUUCUCUUAGCAAAAAUCGAUUGUCAAAAUCACUUUCUGAUGCUUUGCUGUAGUUUUGAUCUCCUCUCCCAGUGUCGUGCAAUGUUAUGCAUGCUUAAAACCCAACCCAGACUUUGGCCUCAUGGUUCGCCGUAUGCCAGCUGGGGUUUGAAUCCUCAAGGCGGAGGAAUUAGGGUUGGGAGGAGCUUUUAGGACUUGUAAUUAAUGGUGCUUCUGGGACAAAUGUAGAUAAAACACUUGUAUUUAGAGUUUUGAAGAAUUUUCUAUUUUUGGAAGGUUGGUACAUUUUCUUAACAGGCAACCACCUCCCAUUCUAACUUCAAAUAUUAAAACUAUAGAGCUCUAGUCAUUACUCA